AUGACGAUUCCGCGCCCAAGUGACUUUUACGUCGCUGCAGGAAAAGAAGCCUUCUUGAACUUGAGGUUCAGCUUGAAGGAGCGCACGGCCUGGGCACCUGCUGGCCACGAGGUUGCAUGGGGCGACAUUCAAAUUGGCCAGCCGGACAGCCUGACGGCGAGCCUGCACCAUCUAGGCAUGGAACUCAACACCACUCGUCUCCCCACGAUAACGCAAGAGUCUUCCCAUUUUCUCUCGAUCACCUCGAGCAGUGGCUUGAAAACGUGGGGGUUCGACCUCCACGAAGGCACGCUGACGAGCGUCACGCGCGGCGACCAGCCCAAGCUCAACCUGCUCACCUCCCCCCUCACGCUCGACUUCUACCGCGCCCUCACCGACAACGACCGCGGCGGCCGCUUCGGCUGGGAGUGGCGAGACCGCCGCCUCCACCAGACCCACGCCCACGUGCGCAGCGCCGAGUGGCGCGAGACAAAGCACAGCCUCGAAGUGACGGUGCACGCGCGCAUCGCGCCCCCCGUGCUCGCGUGGGGCGUCGACACGACGACGACCUUUUCCUUCCGCGGCGAGGCGUGCCACAUCAAGAUCAAGGGCACGCCGCGCGGGCUGCGCCUGCCGGGCACCUUUGCGCGCAUCGGCCUGACGCUCGGCCUCGCCGGCGUCGACGAGGUCGAGUGGUUCGGCCGCGGCCCGGGCGAGAGCUACCGCGACAAGAAGAUGAGCCAGCGCUUCGGCACGUGGCGGCGCGGCGUCGACGCCCUUUUCACCGACUAUGAGUUUCCCCAGGACGGCGGCAACAGGACGGACGUCCGCUGGGUCAAGUUCAAGCAGCUGCUCAGCGGCGGCGGCGGCGAUCCCGGCACGCUGCUCACGGCGCGGUUCGGCGACCUCGAGGGUGCUUCGUUCUCGGCCAUGCACUACACGACGGCGGAUCUGGACGAGUGCCAGCACCCGUAUGAGCUGCACAAGCGGCGGCGGGACGACACGAUUGUGAGGCUCGACUGGGCGCAUCACGGGCUGGGGACGGGGUCGUGCGGGCCGGCGACGCUGCCGCAGUACGAGCUGAGGUCGGAGGACUUUUCGUACGAGCUGCUCCUCGAGUAG